CUUCGGACCGGGCUCUUCAUGUCCUCAUUCGCCCUCCACGCGCGCGACAUCCUCCCCCCUCUCCUCCGCCUUAAAUCGCGCCUUCCCUUCCCUCCCACCUCACGCCUUCCUCACGUGCUCCUCCCCAGCCUCCCCACCUGCCUCUUUUUGACCCCACGAAGACCGCGCAUUCGCCUCUUCUGUUCCCAAACCUCCCAAGACCCUGCCCGCGCCGCCGAUAUUCCUAUCAUGGGCUCCCUCUCCGCCUCCGCCGACGCCCUCCCGCCCCUCGGCUACCCCCCGGCCCGCCGCGACGAGUCCGUCGUCGACGACUACUUCGGCGUCCGCGUCCCCGACCCGUAUCGAUGGUUGGAGGAUCCGGAUGCAGAGGAGGUGAAGCAGUUUGUAGAGAAGCAGGUUGCGCUGACGGACUCCGUUCUUGCGGAGUGCGGCGAGCGCGAGCGGCUCCGACGGCAAAUCACGACGCUGUUCGACCACCCGCGUUAUGAUACCCCGUUCAAGCGUGGGGGCAAGUAUUUCUUUUUCCACAACACCGGUCUCCAGGCCCAGAGCGUCCUCUACGUUCAGAAUGAUUUGGAUGCGGAGGCAGAGGUCUUGUUGGAUCCCAAUGGUCUCAGUGAGGAUGGGACGGUGGCUCUUAGUAUUUCUUCUGUCAGCAAGGAUGGCAAGUAUUUAGCCUAUGGGCUUAGUGCGAGUGGCAGUGAUUGGGUGACAAUCAAAGUCAUGCGGGUUGAUGAUAAGAAACCUGAACCAGACACGAUAUCAUGGGUCAAGUUCUCUUCAGUUAGCUGGACCAAUGAUGCAAAGGGGUUCUUCUAUAGCCGAUAUCCAGCACCCAAGGAAGAUGGUGAAUUGGAUGCUGGGACUGAGACAAAUAUUAAUCUGAAUCACCAGGUUUACUACCAUUUCUUGGGUACGGAUCAGUCAGAGGAUAUAUUGUGUUGGAAAGAUCCUGAGCACCCAAAGUAUACAUUUGGGGCCGGUGUCACCGAAGAUGGGAAGUAUGUUCUUUUAUACAUUGAUGAAGGCUGUGACCCUGUUAACAAACUAUAUUACUGCGCUUUGUCCUCGCUUCCUUGUGGGCUUGAAGGUUUGAAAGGGAGUACUGAAAUGCUUCCCUUCAUCAAGCUUGUUGACAAUUUUGAAGCACGUUAUGAAGCUGUUGCAAAUGAUGACAGUGAAUUUACUUUUUUGACAAAUAAAGGAGCUCCUAGAAAUAAAUUAGUCCGAGUAGAUCUUAGGGAGCCAAAUUCAUGGACUGACAUUCUGCCAGAAGACCAAAAGGAUGUGCUCGAAUCAGCUAAUGCUGUCAAUGGUAACCAGCUUUUGGUGAGUUACCUAAGUGAUGUUAAGUAUGUGUUGCAAAUAAGGGACUUGAAAACAGGAACGUUGCUGCAUCACUUACCCAUAGACAUUGGUACCGUCUUUGGGAUUUCUGGUAGACGUGAAGACAGUGAGGUUUUUAUUGCCUUUACUAGCUUCCUUACUCCAGGUAUUAUUUACAAGUGUAACUUAACAACUGAAGUUCCGGAAAUGAAGAUAUUUCGAGAAAUUUCUGUUCCUGGAUUUGAUCGAACAGUUUUCGAGGUUAAUCAGGUUUUUGUUUCUAGCAAGGAUGGAACCAAGAUACCUAUGUUCAUUGUGUCAAAGAAGAAUAUUGAGCUCGAUGGAUCACAUCCAGCUUUAUUAUAUGGUUAUGGAGGCUUUAACAUUAACCUCACACCUUCAUUCAGUGUGAGCCGUAUUAUUCUAUCAAGGAACUUAGGUUUUGUAUUCUGCAUUGCAAAUAUCCGUGGUGGUGGAGAAUAUGGAGAAGAAUGGCAUAAAGCUGGAUCCCUUUCAAAGAAACAAAAUUGUUUUGAUGAUUUUAUUGCUUGUGCUGAAUUUCUUAUUUCUACUGGUUAUACCAAGUCUAAACGGCUAUGUAUUGAAGGUGGAAGCAAUGGUGGACUUCUAGUUGCAGCUUGCAUAAAUCAGAGACCUGAUCUCUUUGGAUGUGCUCUAGCUCAUGUCGGUGUCAUGGACAUGCUUCGAUUCCAUAAGUUCACUAUAGGUCAUGCAUGGACCACUGAUUAUGGGUCUUCAGACAAAGAGGAAGAAUUCCAGUGGCUUAUCAAGUACUCACCACUUCACAAUGUGAAAAGACCAUGGGAAAAAAGUGCCAAUCAAGCUUGCCAGUACCCGUCAACCAUGUUAUUGACAGCUGAUCAUGAUGAUCGUGUUGUCCCAUUACAUUCAUUGAAGUUACUGGCAACAAUGCAAUAUGUCCUCUGUACGAGUGUCGAGAACAGUCCACAGACAAACCCAAUAAUCGCCCGUAUUGAGUGCAAGGCUGGGCAUGGAGCUGGCCGUCCUACUCAAAAAAUGAUUGAUGAAGCUGCUGACCGUUACAGCUUUGUGGCAAAAGUGAUGGGUCUCACAUGGAUAGAUUAGGUUGAAUGCCGAAUAGAUUAAGAAAAUAGGGUUCGAUGCAGAAAGCACGAGUGCCCGUCUGCAUGCAUGAUCAUAUUAGGUUUUUUUUUUUUUUUUUUCUUUUUUCUCUUUCCUCUCAGAGUACAGCAUUGGUCCUCUGCCUCAUGCACAUGGGAGCAUCACUAACUCCCUGGAUGCUAUGUUUAAAGGAUAUUGGCCAUUAGUGUUGAUGUUGGUCAUAAUUCCACAUGCAAUCUCUUUUUUAUCAUGUGUAACUGAAAUCAUAUUGUUGGCUUAAUUAUGGUAUAAUGAUAAGAGUCAAAAGGCUCCCAGGUGAACAGAGAAAUCAUAUAAAAGCUGUCCUACAUGGUUCCCUCACA